UUAUUAUUAUUAUCUCCCUGAAUGUUUUGCUAAGUGACCUUGUGUUUUCCAGGAAAAUGUCUCAUCAUGUGGUAGGUGUAUAACAUUUCAAGAUUAUCCAAUUUGUUUAUAAAUGCUACUGUUUAGUAUCAGUAGUUUCUUCAACAACGACAGAUACAGUAUUCCUGAACUUCUGCAGCUUAAACAGUGAAGAAUGACGGCGGCUGCUCUCGGUUUCUGGCAACGCUUCGCUUUGUAAUUCUUCACCAAAAACAGAUGCAGCUUUUUCAUGAAGUUCUUAACUUCUUGGGCAACUGAGGUGUUUACCCACAUAAAAGCAAAUUCUACAAUAUUCCACAUUUUACAAGUGAUUCUAGUUUCACCAUCAAAUUCUGUUUGUUUUCCACAUCAUGGAAAUCAUUGGUUCUAACUUUUCUCUGCUCGAAUGAUCCACAGGUCAGAGUUAAGUGGCUUAACAAUGAAAAUCACACAUCCCUCUGAAAAUGGUGCAAGCACUAGACAUAAAAUGUCAGAAGAAAAUAUUUUUAAAGACUCAGAAAGAUGGAGAACCGAAGAGCGAUUUAGAUGAUACAGCAAGUCAGAGAUGAAGUAAUGAGGACUGGAUCAGGACUUUUAUACGGUGAAGUGAAAUGUUUCAUAUAAUAUCUGGACUUUUUAUAAAUCUUUGAAUCGAGUCCAUUUUUACAAUUGAAAUAAAUGAAGUGCUCGUUAAAUGUCCUGCUUUAAAGUGUUGAAACAUCUUUUUGAGCGUUUUUAAAGUGACUUUCCAUAUAAAGUUAGAUAUUAUGAAGUUGGGAGCAGGAGCAGAUCUUUCUCCUGGCUGACUAUCUGGUUCAUUUUCCUUUCUAACUGGAUCUUUCCUAAGCAGGUCAAAUAGUCUGACUGAAGUCAUUUAAGAAAAGUCUUUGAGAUAUUUUCCAGUGAAGAUGACUAAAAAUGUGGAUGGAACCAGCUGUCAUAAUUUAGAGUUUCUCUGUAUGAAAACACGAUGUGGUAGAAGUUCACCUGCUCUCCUUCAUCAGUCUUUUUCUGCUUUGCGUCUCUCAGAAUGUAAAAGAGGCCUGUUGUAAUCUCUCGUCUCUUUGAAAUUGCUUGCAGAGGUCCUCCUCCCCAGUGAGGGAGUCUCCAUCAUUGUUUUCCAUAAGCUCAUUUCUUCCUCCUGGCUGAGAAAUCUUCAGAGAAGAGGAUCCCCCGUCACUUUGUGUACUGUUUGAAUGAGGCGUUCACUGACUUGAUCCUGCGCUGGUCUUUACCAAACAGAAACUUUCAUUCUUAGUCUCUCCUCCGAAGGCAGCGCCACCUGCUGGUGUUAUGUCUCAGAAGCUGCAGUCGGACGGCGGUCAGAAACAGUUUUCUGUGGGUCGGGGGCUCCUCGCAGCUGCAGAGACCUUGAACUUCAACAUGAAUGAGCAGCGUUCCGGUCAGCAGAUGGGGGGCAUGGCCCCGGGUUUGUUGAUGGGGGGGGUGGAGGGCCCGGAUGGUGGCGCUCAGAUGUCCCGGCGUGGUGGUGGUGGUGGUAAUCUUGGCAGCACCAUGAAGCUGUUUGCCAGUUUGGGGCUGUCGCCCUCCGACCUGGACGCUCUGGCGGAAAUCCCUGAAGAAGAAAUCAGUGUGGAAACGCUUCCGCGGAUCCUCAUGCAGCUCAAGAACCGGAAGGCGGACGCAGGAGAGCGGGGGCCGACGUCCUCCAUGUCUUCUGAGGCUGCUUAUCGAGGAGGACGGGACUGCUGGGACGAGGGCCGCAUGGGGAGGAUGAGCGGCCCUUCUAUGGGUCCGGGCCCGGCGCGGGCUCCGCCCCCUGCAGACUUUGGAUUCGGCUCCAUGCAGGAUGUGUCCUCUGGCCGGGGCUUCAGCUCCGGUUACAGCAGCGGUGGGAGAGAAGACCGACCUUUCUCUGAGCUCUCCCACCAAACGUCCUAUGGUGGGCUCGGCAUGGGCCCCUCACCCUCCGACCCCGUCUUUAUGCAGCGGAGGAUGGGCUCCCCCUCCGACGGAAAAGUCCAAGACUUUUUGGGAGUCAUGCCCCCCAUGUUCCCCCACGUGUGCUCUCUUUGUGACUUUGACGUUCAUUCCAGCAUGGAGUGGAACCAGCACGUUAACGGACUUCGACAUGCUGAAAACAGACGGCUGCUCCUGGACAUGUAUCCAGAGUGGGAACCUGGAAUGGCUUCAGGCAGAAGCAUGGGACGCCGGAACACCCCCAACCUGUCUGCAGGACUGCUGGGACCGGGCCCCAUGCCAUCAGGACCGGCAGGAGGGAUGUCCUCCAGCUGGGGAGGAGGUGGAGGUCCUGGUCUGCCUGGAAACCAGAUGAAUACGAUUAGAAGCAGAGUGGUGGUGGUGAAGUACGACAGGAAACCUUUGAGCAACAAGACCCUGUUUGCCUUCACCGAGCCCUUCGGCCGCCUGGCAGAGCACCUGGUCCUCAACAACAAGGCCUUCCUUGAGAUGAGCUCUCAUGAAGAAGCUCUGGACAUGGUGAACUACUACAAGCAGCGUCCAGCGUUGCUGUACGGGAAGCCGCUCAACUUCUACCUGUCCCAGAGGCUGAUGGUCAUCGAGAAAGACAACCGGUCUUCAGACCGGUCCAUGGACAGACCCGUCCGGGACAUGAAAGGUCACGGCAGCAAAGUGGUUUUCUUCUCCCACCUGCCCAAAGAGGAGGAGAAGAAGAAGGAGCUGCUGACCAUCGCAGGACGCUUCGGCACUGUGGAGAAGCAUCUGUUCCUAACUGACCGGGCCUUCAUCCAGAUGGGAACCACAGAGGACGCAGAGAUGCUGGUGAAGUAUUACACCGUCAACCCCCUCAUCAUGAAGGGACGCCUCAUCCGACUCAACAUCUGCACCAAAUACAAAACCCUCACCGUGAACCGCAGACAGAACGAAUCUGGAGGAGACGAUCAAAGCAGGAGGAGCAGCCGAACAAACAUCACCUCCUCCAGCUCCAGAACCCCCUCGUCCAAGUCUUCAUCCAAGACCAGAGAGGAGAAAAAGGAGGAAGAGGACAAAGUGAAGUCUGAGGAGGAGGAGGAGGAGGUGUCUGGAGUGAUGCAGGGAGGAGAAGAAGGAGGAGAGGGUGAGGGAGCUGACGCAGAGGAGGAGGAGGAGGAGGAGGAGCAAAAGACAGCAGAGGAGGAGGUGCAGGAGGAGGAGAAAGAGGAGAUUCCUGCAGCCGAUGAUGUCACUGAUGAUGUCACUGAUGAUGUCACUGAUGAGAAAACUGGAGACAUGGAGGGGGCUGAAGGUGAGCCCCUGGAGGGGGCGGAGCCAGAGGUCCAAACUGAAGCCCCCACUGACCAACAGGAGAACAAAGAGGAGGUGAACCCAGAACCAGCAGAAAGCGCUGAGACUGUAGAAGGAGACCUGCCUGAAGACACGGGUGAUCAGGACUUCAUGGAGAAUAUGGAGGACUUCGUCACGCUGGAUGAGCUGGAGGAAGAGGAGGGUGAUGCCGACACAGAGUCGGACGCCAUCGACAACACAAAGAAAGGGGGGAUGAGGGUCGUCAACAUCGUCGGCUUCAGGCGAGGUUACAACUUCCUCAACGAGCUGCUGGGACUUGCCAAACCUUUUGGAAAAGUGGUCAAACAUCUGGUUCUGGACCUCCGACCUGAGGCGUACAUUCAGUUUGAGACGGAGGAAGAGGCCCGGGCCAUGGCCCGCUUCUAUAACAGCAACGUGACGGCGUCGGUGUGUGGCCGGCCUGUCCGGGUCAGCCACUCCAUGACCUACCCCACCAUCCAGUGUGGAUCCAGCAAGGUGGUGUACAUCGGUCAGAUUGCCAACUGUAAAUAUGCCGAUGAGGACAUCCUGAAAUUCGCUGAGCCAUAUGGAAAAGUCCGGAAGUAUUUCCUGAACAGGAUAAGGAGGGAGUGUUUCAUCGAGAUGUACCGGGCCGAAGAUGCAGAGAAAAUGGCGGAAGCUUACAAAGCGAAGCUGCCGCGGUUCAACGGGAAACGCCUCACCAUCUACGUCAGCAGGAAGUACCGGCAGCUCAAACACGGCCAUCGCUGUCCGAGCGUGCCCAAGAGGGUGAGCAGCUCGCCGCCCAAACAAGCCGAAGAACCUCCAGCCAAGAAACUGAAGGAGGAGGAGGAGGAGGAGGAGGUGGAGGUGGAGGAGCAAGAGCAGGAAGAGGUGAAGGAAGCAGUAGAGGAGGAGAAAAAUGUUGAAAGCGCUGACAUCAGUGGUAAAGGUGUGAAAAUUGAGGAAGAGGACUCAGAGGAACAACUUCCAGAAGGUUCUGAUGAGACUCAGAAGACCGGUGAAGAUGAGGAGAAACAGGAAGAGGAGGAAGAGGAGAUGGACACGUCUGCCAAUCAGAAUGGACAGACUGAGGCGGCGCCUCCUGCUGACAAACCCAGUGUGGCGUCUCUGCCGCUGCCACCAUUCGACCCCGACACGCCGAUCGGCGUGGAACACGUGAAGAUGGGUUAUUACUGCCGCGUCUGCUUCCUGUUUUACUCCAACGAAGAAACGGCAAAGAAAACACACUGCAGCAGCCAGGCGCACUACGACAAGCUACAGAAAUAUCUGGAGAAGGAACAGAACAAAGAGAAGAAGAAGGUGAAGAAGACUGCAUAGGAGUCUUUUUCCUUUGUAGACUUUUUUUUUUGUGUUUAGAUGUGAAUUUUGAGAUGAUGGAUGGUUGCCAUGGUGAUGGCAUCCUCUGAAUGGAUACCGCUGUACUUUCCUCUCUUUUUUUUUUUUUUCAUUUUAAUGAACUUAAAUCAGAGUCCAUGAUACAACCAACACGACGCUGAUGUUUUUGGUUAGUUACCAUGACGAUGUGAGAGGUUGUGAACACGUUUGAAGGGAACAGUUUAACACCGACAGGUUUGAUCUCCUGUAGGGCUUGGUCUAACGCCUGGAAUCCAUCCAGGGUACAUGGUCUGUUGGGUGCUGCUUCCUAUGUGGAACGUGAACGUUCCAUGAUGGACGUGGGAGGCAUUCAGGCGCUUCCUGAAAUGUUGAACUGCUCCUUUAAGUCUGUUGAGCUUUGUAUUUUACUGUUUGGAUGUUUUGAAAAAUAAACUAAGACGUUAUGAUUUA